GCUACGAAACGUGGACAUUUGUAGCAAACUAGCAGGAUAUUUUCUCUGUAAUAUAUAAUCGCAAAAUGGAAGUUUCAAACAUUAGGAAGGCGCUGCGUACCCACAGAAUGGAAAGUAAAAAGAUCGACUUCACUGAUCUCAGUACUUUUGACAUUGUCCCAACUCCACCAAAGGAGCCAAAACCUGAAGUAAACAAGUUAAACAGACGGCACGGAGUUCGUGUCCAGAAAUCAAAAACAUACGAGACAAACGAUUCACCUUCACAAGAACCAGAGACACGGAAAUCAACAACUAGGCCUAAACAUGACACUACAAACGUGUCCUGUGACUUACCCAGGACUGGCGAAAAAGACAUUCCUUGGUAUUGUCAAAACCCCAAAACAAAAGACACACCCUUUGAGAAGGAGGAAAAUGCUAUUCACAGAAAAUCUACUUACAAUGAUGUGAAAUUCACUCUGACUGACCAGAAGACAAACCCGUCACCGGGAGCUGAAGUGAAUACCAAUCCUAUAAGGUAUCCAACCCCCGGACCCAGAGAGCAGUUGUCUCCAAGUCCUUUCCCCGUAAACAAGAAUAAACUGGCCCCUGUGGUGAACCCCAGAAGGAAUGCUGUUCCAAGAACUGUCCGAGUGGUCCCACGUUCAGUCAAACCUAAACGCAUGCCCGUCUGUGACCCAAGUGUGAAUGUCACUGUCAUCGAUCGGCCAGCUAGAGUCUCUCAGUCUCUGCCUGAAUCAUUAAACAACCCAAACCCUAUAAGGUACCCCACCCCCGGACCCCGAGAUCCGCUGACUCCAAGUCCUUUCCCCGUCAACAAGAACAAACUGGCCCCUGUUGUGGACCCCAAAAGGAAUGCUGUACCAAGAACUGCCCGUGUUGGCCCACGUCCGGUCAAGGCCGUGCACAUGCCUAUUUACAAUGACAACUCAGAAUCCAGUUGUAUACUCACACAGCUGUAUGGUGACAGAGGAGACUACGUAGCCGACAGUGUUGUCCCAGUUAUGAAGAACAGUCGCCCCAUCAGAUACCCGCCCCCGGGGCCCCGGGAACAGCUGCUGCCCAACCCCUUCCCUGUUAACAAGGCUCGUCUGCCUCCUCUGAUCAAACACGGAAGAGUUGUCGCCCCUAUGUGCGGAUAGAGACUCACAGACAUUACUUAACGUCGGGAACAAGAUCUGCAAUCAUGAAUUAUACAAUAUUCUUAUUAUUGACUUUUUCUCUCAUUUACAUCAGAUAUCACUUAUUAUAUUAUGAAAAAAAAAGACUUUCUACUACAUUGUAUUAUUAUGUUAACGGACAAUUAUUACUGAAUCAUGAUUUGAAUAGUGCUGGAAAAUUUUAUGAAUCCUUUUAUCAUGAGGGAUGCCGAUUGAAUGGCUACAGUAUUUACGAGACCAACACCAGAAGCCAGUAGCAGAAUUCAUUCUGUUUAGAAGUGUUGAAUGCUGAAUAUGAAUUGAUUUUUCUGGUUGCUUGAAUAUGAAUAAUUUAUUUUUCUUGGUGCUUGAAAUUGAAUAAAUGUAAG